AUGAAAGCAAAAAAAUUAUGCGAUGAGAAAAAAUAUUUAUUUAUAGCAAUAGAUGUAGAAAGUUAUGAAAGAGAUCAUACUUGUAUUUUGGAAGUUGGAUGGAGCAUGUAUAAUUCUAAAUCGGAUCUUUUUAUGGACCGACACUUCUGUGUCAAAGAGUAUAUGCAUCUUAGAAAUAACAAGUAUGUGGCAGAUAUGAAAGAUCGCUUUAUUUUCGGUGAUAGUGUAUGGGAAAGUUCCGAGAAUAUAGCAUUAGAAUUUACUAAAGAUGCUACACAAAAAGAAUUUGUGCGAGAAAACGAAGAAUUCAACGAUGUAAUUUUGAUUGGACAUGAUAUUGCAAUGGAGAAGAAAUAUUUAGAACGCAUGGAAAUUAAAAUUGACGAGGUUAUUAAACCUAAAGAAGUGUUUGAUACUGCUGAAUUAGAUGGUGCGAGGACAGGUAAUGUCUCUCAACGUCCUAGUUUGGGAGGUAUGUUGGAUGAUUUGAAAAUUGAAAACUAUUGUUUACAUAACGCAGGUAAUGAUGCACAUUAUACUAUGUGUGCUUUCUUGGAAAUUUGUAAAUUACCAAUAACAAAUGUUUCACCGCCAGAAAUAAAAUCUUGA